UAAUAGUAAUAUAUAGAAACAAAAAUAAUAUUAAAAAGAUAAAAAACACAAUUAUAAAAUAUUUUACGUAACAUCUCAGUAAUGGUUGCUGGAAAAUCAGGGAAAGUUCGUUUCAUAUUUUUACUGUCGUUUCUUGCUCUGGCUGUUCUUGGCCUGGUGCUCUUCACAAAUCCUCAAAUAGUGCAUGAUGGGAUACAAGUCUUGCAGAAGCGACUUUGGAUGGGAGGAAUGGUUUCCCCAACGCUCCACGAGAGGGAUAUUAUCUUUAAACAUGCAGCGGUAGCUACAGACAACAAAAUAUGCAGCAAAAUAGGAAGGACAGUUUUAAAUAAAAAAGGAUCUGCAGUUGACGCUGCUAUUGCUUCCAUGUUAUGUCUAGGCGUAAUGAAUCCUCACAGCACUGGUAUAGGUGGAGGAGGGUUCAUGAUGGUUUUUAUUCGAGAAAAAAGACAAGGGACCGUCAUUGACUUCAGAGAAUCAGCCCCAAGAAACGCUGAUAAAGAUUUGUUCGGUGGUGAUCCAGAGAAAGGCAUUAAAGGUGGACUAGCGGUUGCUGUACCGGGAGAGCUUCGUGGUAUGCAGCUAGCUCACGAGAAGUUUGGUGUACUACCAUGGAGGGAAUUGUUUCUUCCAGCGAUUCGACUAUGUAGGGAAGGAUUUGAGAUCACCGAAUCCCUACAUAUUGCGAUUCAUAAGUGGGAAAAAGAAGUGAGAAGUGACCCAUGUUUAAGAAAGCAAUUUGUCAAAAAUGGAAAAUUAUUAUCAAAAGGCAACAAAAUCAAAAACUUGCCUUUAGCAAGAACUUUGCAAAGGAUAGCGAACGCAAAAAAUGCGGACCCGUUUUAUACUGGAAAAAUGGCGAAACAAUUUGUGAAAGACGUUAAGAAGCACAAUGGUAUCAUUACAGAGAGUGAUUUAAAAAGUUAUACAGCUGUUGUGAGAGAUCCAUUGAUCAGCAAUCUAGGAAAUUUCACAAUGCUAAACGCUCCACCGCCGGCCAGUGGACCAGUACUUGCUUUUAUUUUAAAUAUUCUAAAGGGCUAUAAUAUGACCGAAAGUGAUUUUGCCACUGAAGAGAAGCAAGCCUUAGUAUACCAUCGCCUCAUAGAGGCUUUCAACUUUGCAUAUGCUAGACGUAGUGAACUCGCUGAUCCAGAUGUGGAAACGAGCACAAUGCGUGUCAUUGAUGAAUUAAUGGAUGAUGAUUCAGCUGAACAAAUAAGACAGAAAAUUAACGAUAAAAGAACAUUUAAAACAUCCUAUUACGGUCAUAUAUUUGAUAAUAAAAUAACAACAGGUACAACUCAUUUGGUUGUUAUUGCACCAAAUGGCGAUGCCGUUUCAGCGAUGAGUACUGUAAAUGGAUAUCUUGGAGCAAAGUUUAGAUCCUGUAAAAUGGGCUUUAUCUACAAUAACGAGAUGGAUGAUUUCAGUUCACCGAAGAUUUCGAAUGAAUUUGGAUUGCCUCCUUCUGAAAUUAACUUUAUAAAGCCCGAUAAACGACCUUUAUCGAGCUCGGUACCCGUAAUCAUCCUAGAUAAAAAUUCAAACGUACGACUGAUUGCUGGUGGAUCAGGUGGAUCGAUUAUAACUACAGCAGUGGCACAGGUGAUUAUGAAUAAUCUUUGGUUUGGUAUGAACAUGAAAGACGCUGUUCAACAGCCUCGUAUUCAUUCUCAAUUAAUCCCACAUAACGCCUACGCUGAAACGAGAAUGCCUAAAGCGAUUUUGAAGAAACUGAGAAAGAAAGGACAUAACAUUACUAUUACAGACGAUAGCCAUGCGGUGGUUCAAGCAAUAGCACGUGUUGAUCAACAAUGGCAAACAGUUUGCAAAAAAGGAAAAAUCGAAAACUCGGAUUACACGAAUUUCUGUUUAAAAAUGAAAUCAGAUCAGGUCGGAUUCUUCGCCGAAUCAGACUAUAGAAAAGGUGGAGAACCAGAUGGAUUUUAAGUUUUUUGUUUACAAAUUGAACAUUUUCUUGGUUAUUAAUACUACCUUUGUGUUUAAUGUUAUUAAUGUUCUAUUAUUUUAAUUAGAAAUAAUUUAAUAAGAUUAUUUUUCAUCAUUAAAUAAAAAUUUUUUGUUUGUUUUUGUUUGUGUUAUACGUCACGCUUACUCACAAUUGACAAUGUGUCAAAUACUUAUUGACUCUUUGACACCCAGCUUGGUUUUGCGUUUCUUCUUCUUCUUCUUCUUCUUCUUCUUCUUCUUCUUCUUCUUCUUCUUCUUCUUCUUCUUCUUCUUCUUCUUCUUCUUCUUCUUCUUCUUCUUCUUCUUCUUCUUCUUCUUCUUCUUCUUCUUCUUCUUCUUCUUCUUCUUCUUCUUCUUCUUCUUCUUCUUCUUCUUCUUCUUCUUCUUCUUCUUCUUCUUCUUCUUCUUCUUCUUCUUCUUCUUCUUCUUCUUCUUCUUAGCAAAGUAUUGGCAAAUAUUUGUCUCUUUCGUUGCAACUUAAUUGCAGGCUUAAAAUUUUAAAUCUAUUUGCUAUUUUAUAAUUUUUUUGCUUAGUAGGUGCGAGCAAUGUCGGAGCUUUCUCCGGUACUUAGGUGCGAAAGUUUAAAAUCUUGCUACGACAAUUUAAAAGCUUAUGGGUCCACCUCUGUUGACAGUAAGAAUCGGACACAUUGUUUGAAAAUCCAGUAAAAGAAAAGAACGUCCAAUUCCGCCUAAUCAAAUAUAACUGUAUUGAGUAACAACCGAAAAAUCCCAUUUAUAAAUCCAUUUGGUGGUAAGACUCCAGUUAUAAACAUGCAUAUUUCAAGCGAAAAGCUCUGCCGUUUCUUUUAAGACUUAAAAUUUCCUUACAGUUAGAUAUGCCUAAGUUAAGCACAUAAUUUACCUAAAAAGCACAAGAAACUUCUGCAUAGCUUUUUGUUAAUCACCGAUACGAUUCUUCAUUGUUUUUGAAGACAU